AUGACAAAAGAAAAAAUACCAAUUUGGUUAGAUUGCGAUCCAGGUCAUGAUGAUGCUAUAGCAAUAUUAUUAAGUUGUUUCCAUCCAGCAUUUAAACUUGUUGGUAUAAGUGCAUGUUAUGGUAAUGCAUCACCAAACAACACUCAUUAUAAUGCUCGUUCAAUAUUAACUGCUAUUGGAAAAGCAAAUGAUAUUCCUGUUUUGAAUGGAGCUCAACAACCUUGGAAAAGAUUACCUAUAUAUGCACCCGAUAUUCAUGGUGAAUCAGGAUUAGAUGGGACUACUUUAUUACCAGUACCAAUAGGGGACAUUAAUAACGAUUCUUACAUAGAUUACAUCGAGGAAAAAAUUGAGGAAAAUGAGGGAGAAUUAUUUAUCUCAACAGGUUCAUUGACAUCUAUUGCUACUGUAUUGAAAGAAAAGCCUCACUUGAAAAAAAAGUUGAAAUAUCUUGCAAUAAUGGGUGGUGGUCUUUCGGUUGGUAAUAUUAAUGAAAAUAAAUCAGCAGAGUUUAAUAUAUGGGUUGAUCCAGAUUCAGCAAACUUUUUAUUUACAGAUGAAGUUAUAAAAAAUAAAUGUAUAGUAACCCCCUUAGACCUAACUCACAAGGCUAUAGCCACUCAAGAGGUAAUGGAAAAUAUUCUGGGUACAUCGGGUUCCAACUUAAGAAGACUAUUUUACGAAUUAUUUUUGUAUUUUGGUAACUCAUAUAAAAAUGCACAAGGUUUUGAGACAGGACCACCAAUACAUGAUCCAUUAGCUUUGAUACCAUUGCUCGUACUUUAUGGAUGGGAACCUGAUAUGGUAAUACAAUACGUCUACAAGAGGGUUGAUCUCAAGGUAAUAGUGGAUGAAAACGAUGCAGAUAUAGGUAAAUUGGUUAUUUUGAAGGAAUAUGACGCCAAUGACUCUCACGGUACAGUAGUUGGCAUAGAUCUUAAUUACAAAUAUUUUUGGACCCAAGUUUAUUUGGGUAUUGCAGAAGCAGAAAAAUUAUCUACAAUAGAAUUGAUUGCGAAGGAUGUAGUUAGAAAAGAAUUAAUGCAAGAAGAAUUAAGUAAUGACGACAUAGUGUGA